GAUCGAAGUUGAUUCUAACCAGGUUUUGUGGACUCUUCAAACUCGACUGGUUUUCUUCAUAGCUUUCAUGUGCUUCCUUGCAAGGCGCUUUGAAGUGCAGCAUUGAACAACAUUGUAGAGGGGAAGUACACAGAGCAAAAGGAGUAGUAGGAAGAUGAAGCAGAAGAAAGAGAAAAACGAUGAGAGUGGUGAUGGGAAGGGUUCGGUCCGGGUCCAGGGCAAGAGGGCGAAGGGUAGGGACAGGCAGGAGGGACAGCGGGUGGUACAGGGGGCUGGCAAGGAGCGGCGCUUCCAGCCAAGGGCUUUCAGGAGCAGAAAGGAGGGGAGGCUGGAGGAUCUGGGCUGGCCAGCAAGGAAGGAGUGCCCGCGAGCUCCUCCCCCUGCCCCCCACGAGCCCCCCUGUGCGGGGAAUGGAGGGCCCCUGACAUGGGCGGUCCCGGAAAAGAGGAAGCGGCCUGCUGACCCCCCCGCCCCAAGACCGGAGCCACCGCGCGAACCACCAGGGUUCUGGGGCGAGGGGGAAGGAAGUGGAGGAAGGGUCGUGAAGGAGGGAAGGGAGGGGCCGUGGCGUCACGAGGAGAGGGUGAGGGGAAAGCGGAAAGCAGUUGCUAAGCUCCAGGGAAAGAGAGGCCCGGGUGUGGGUCUCUGGAUAGCAGCCGGCGAAGAGGAGAUGGGACCCUCCGCCGAGGAGCUGGCGGCUCGGAAGAGGUCGAAGCGGAAACGGAACAUAAAGAAGGACCUCGAGCGCAAGACUGCAGUGCGAGCCGCCAAGGAGCUUAGGAGGAGAAACAAGAGGGACGACGCCGCCCUCGCGAUGUGCGCAGUGGUGCUCCCCACGGCGAACCCCUUCCGCGACCCCCCCCUCCCUCGUAGAACGCGCUGUUGCCCGUUCUGUACUUAUGCCGCGUUGCACACUGAGAGGACGUGGGCGGGGUGGAGCCCUGAGUUCAUUUCUCAUGUCUGUGAUAAGUGCGUGGAGCAGCGGGCGAGGCAGGAGCGGUGGUGGCUCGCCGAGCUCGCCGACUUCCCUGACAUCGAGGCCAGGGAACCGGGCGCGACGGGCAUGAUGUGGGAGCACGAGGCCAUGCUUCACCGGCGCCUCCACCUGCGCCGGCGACUCCGCCGCAAGCUGCGAGCCAAAGCUUCCGAGCGCAGUAGGGCCGGCAGGGAUCCCACCCAUCCAGCCCGCAUGAAGAAGUGCCCCCUGUGCCCGCGGCGGGGCAAGUGUCAGGAGGCCGACGCCCCGGAAGCUCCGCCGGUCGAGACCCCCCCGGCAGCGGAGGCGAGCGGCAGCGAGGCGCUGCGGGCCGAGCGGGGCCGCCUGGUGCUGCUGCAGAUCAUGGGCGUGCCGCGGUGCACAGAGCGCAAGCUGCCGCUGGAGCUGGAGGCACGCAUGGGGCUGGUGGUGCUGGUUCUUGCGGCCAUCUUGCUCUGCUGCUGGCUGCUGCUGUUACUCUUCCUGAGCGCCAUCGUCAUCAACAAGCCUAGGCACGAAAGCGUCCUACAGGCCAGUGCCGAGGCGCCCUCCCAGCGGCUGAUGAAGGCUGUGAUCGCCUUGAACAAAGCCGUGCGCGCGCUCAUGUUCGCGACCGUCCUCUGCGUCUUCUUUUUCUUCAUCUGCUCCCUCGAACAGGUUGCCCCUCUGGAAAGCAUCCGCUUCCAUGCAUGCUACUUCGCGCUCACCCUCUCGUGCUCCGUCCUCACGGCCGUGCGCGCGCUGUUCCGGCGUCCCAACCGACGCCCGCUCCACUGGUCGGCCGCUCUAGUUGACGCCGGCCUCAGCUUCGGCCGCAUGAUCACCGUCGUCUGGCACUGGGCCGUAGCAAUGGUUGCGGUGACGGGCCUGCUGUACAUCGACUGCCGGCAGGUCCAGGCUGACUGGGGCACGAGGCUCGGGAAGCCAAGGCUGCAGCUGGCAAUGCAGAGCAAUCUGAGCGUCGAGCAAGAAGCACACUCGCAUGCGGGCGACGAGAUGCUCGCGUCAUCCGAGGAGCUGACGAAGGUCAAGGGGCUGUCCGUCGUGCCUGUCACCAUGGAAGGCGACCUGAAGGAUGCCCAAAACUUCAAGAAAGCGCAGGGAGAGUCUCCCGCUGGUUCUGUGGAUUCCAUGCAUCGCGCGCCAACAUGCAGGGGACCAAGAAUGCAGCUUCUGGUUCGAACACCAGAAGGCGGAACCCUUGCGACGUUCACUGCUCCAUCUGCCACUGUCGCACACCUGAUGACGCAACUAGAGGGGCUGCUGCCAAUCGCGGUCAUAAGGCUGUCCUUUGGUGGGCGGCCUCUCGAUCCGACCAUGCCCCUACGAAGCUAUGGGAUCAGGCCCCUCCACACACUGGAAGCCCAGUAUCGCCUUAGGGGAGGAGGUGGACACGGUGACGAGACCGGAGGAGCAGGAGGAUCAGCUGAAAGCCGCACUGCAAAGGGGGACGCAUGCGAGAAGUCGUACAUCUACAUCACGAGGAGGGGCUCCUCCGAUGCUUCCGAUCCGAUCCCCUUGCCCUGCGAACGGGUUGCGGUCAUGCAGUACCUCGACGAGGAGCUGGGCUGGGGAAAAGGCCGUCUGCUUCGACGAACUGGUGACGAAGAGGUUGCGACGCUCCCGGGGGACAAGCUUGAGGCCGGCGAAUACGUCUUUGUUGCUCAACAAGGUGGCCCGGACGUUUCUGUUGUCGAGUGGUUGGUGUCCGAAUAUGGGGAUCUACUGAAGAAGGCGCAUUCUCGCGAGCCGCUUGGUGCCCUGAGGGAUGGUGGCUUCGAUCCCGAAGCUGCAAUCCAAGACCACAUCAGGCUUCAGGGCCGGAAGGAGGCGUUCGAGUGCUGCAUCACAUUGAUGGCGAAUAUCUUCAGUAUCUGGAAAAGGCGGAAUCCCAACCUUGACCAGCGGGACUACCGGCGGCACGUGGUUCAUCUGCUUCUAUUGAGCUGCCCCGGGUCAGGAAAGACGACGUUCUUGACCUAUAUCCUCCGCUGGCUGAGGGAGUGGCUCAAGAAGCCCAGCGCGUACCUGAAAGGGUGGCUAGGAGGAACUAUGUUCGGCGAGGGAAACCUGUCCGGCGAGAAGUUAAAACUAGUGCACGAGAUGCUUGGCGCGUUGCGCAUAGCUGCAGGCAGCACCGGAUUCCACACGUUCGGGAUGCUCAGGGUGGAGGAGGAGGGCGUGAGUACUACGGAAGCUGAAGCCGCGGACGGCUUCACGGCCAAGAACGCGCCAGCGCUGAGGUUGCUCUACGCACUCCUAUGCCCUCUCGACUCCACGCCGUCCGAGAAACCGCCAGGGGGAUACUAUUCCUUCCUGCGCCGCUUCUCUGAGGGGCCGUCCACCGUCAAGGAUCGCAUCUUGAUCCAAGACGUCGUCGCUUUCGCUCGCGAAGGGCUCGAGAUCCCCGAAGGAGAACUGCUCCUCAUGCCCCUGUUGAUCGACGAGGGCAAUAUUGCCAAAGGGGUGUUUUUGAAUGAGAAUCCUCCCCAAACAGGAGACAACCCCACGUGGUUGAAGUGGUUUCUUAGUAAAAUCACCCUCGCUAACAACGACGACACAAGCAAUCUGAACCUGAUCAUCCCCAUAACCGCAACAACGCGGUGGGAUUCGACAAGUCUUCAGUGGACUGCAAGCGGGCAGGCUCAAGCCACUUAUAUCCCCCUCAAGCCCCUCUCCCUGACUGAGCGAAAAGAAGUGAUUUGCGAUCUAGCUACCCGUGUAGCAGCUCACAACGGUCGACCCGCACUCGAUCACGAAGAUCUGCCCCUUGCCCUGCGUAACGACGGCCUCGACAUCGUUGGCGGCAAUCCACGCCUUGUGUCGUGGCUGCUCGAGGGCAUUGGGGGCCGGUCCUGGGCAACGGGCCUUGACGAAGCCGUCAAAGCCAUCACGCCUUCGAACCUGGUGAACAUUGUGAAGAAAGUGAAGCAGGCGGCGUAUGAGCAAUUGAAACUCAAAAGAAUCAUCGACCUCACAGCGUCGCCGGAGGUUAAGAAGAGCUGCCUGCAGGUUGUGGUCGCGACGAUGAUGCUGGAUCUGCUGGUGAAGAGGAAAGAGAGAUUGAAGGACCCGUUUUCGGGGCUGGACUUGCCCAUCACCUGGGGGGAGCUCGAGGGCGACGGGGUUGUGGAACUUAUCCCCCUGCUCAGAGUCGGGGUUUUGCAGCCAAGCCAAACCGCCUCAGGAGGCCCAAGCUCCACCAAUCCCAACUCGGUGCAGAGGUUGCCCGAGGACCUUCCGUCAGCGACUCGAGCGACACCUGCUCCUCUCCUCAUUCCCCUAAGCCAGCCAUCGUCACACCAGCCCGUCACUCCCUCUGCUGCUCUGCCUGCGCAAUCGGCCACCGCGCUUCCGAUUCCUCCGAGCCCAACUUCCCUUUCUCCUUUAGAAGGAGCCGAUGCCGCAGAACCUGUCGCAACUCCUUUGCCAGGACCGUCAGUGCGCAGCGGCUCUGCUUCGGGAGCGUCUUCUCCCCCCUUCAACCGCAUGGGGAAAGGUGGGCGAGGAGAGGUCGUUGUUAGGGAUGAGGAUUGGGGGGUGCUCGUUGAGACUGGAAGUGGGGACAACACCUCCCCAACCAAGCUGGGUAUGCUGAACCGGGAGACGGCGUGCCCCCAGCCCACCAGCGAGCCGGGCGACGAAUGGGUAAAGGUGUCUAUGGGUUUUUUCAUGUUCACCCUUCUGUUGGAGAGGAUGGAACUGGUCCGAGAAAGCGACCUGAGCGCUUUCAGUGAUGCCAUGGUGCGCGAGAGCCCACUAGACAAGGAGAAGGCGGACGUGAUGGCAGUGGCUUUGAAGUUACAAGCUCUCCAUCUAAUCGGACGGACUGAAUUCUCCCUGAGCGAAGCCUUUCCAAACCUUCGGAUACCCGCGGACCUUGCGGGCAAGCGCUUCUUGGUUCCCCCUGGCCCGCUUAGUGUGGGCGACGGGCUCCCCAUGGGUCACCAGCUGACGAAACAGGCGUUUGCCACGACAGUGGCCGCGAUAGCGGGCAAGAUUCAGGAACGGAUACGGGCAGGAAAGUGGGGCAAGGAGGCCCUCAGUAUCGGGCUUGUCGGUCCCGGUAAUGACGGUUGGGAUGGGUUUGUGGUCUUGCUGGAAGCGAAACGAGACCCGAAGAGAGACCCGUGGGUGCUCUUUUGUCAGAGCAAACAGGAAUCGAGCCCCACAGAGGGCUAUGUAACUUUGAAGGAGAUCUUGCGCAAUCUGGAGAGCGAUAUUCGGCAGACGCCGUACAGCCCGCCCACACUUCCAACCCAGUGGGUGCAGUGGCUGCGGAAGGAAACGGAUGAGGCGCAGGAAGCGCAUGCACCGGCGGCAGGUAGUGGAGAUGAAAAAGCGACUGGGGCCAAGCUUGAAGAGGCGGGGAAAGCAGUCGGAAUCGGCAAAACGAGGGCGGGAAAGAGGCCCAGGCCCGAGGAGGUCCAGGAGCGCGCCCUAGGUGCGAUCUCGAAAAAGCGUGCGCUCGCCGGUACUGGGGAGACCGUCCCGGGUGGCGGUGAGCAGGCAGGGACAGGGCGGACUCGGUCGAAGGUAUCAGCCGCCGGUGCCAAGGAGGAGCCGAAGGGGCGUAAGCGCAAGGAGCCGGAGAAGGCGGGAGAGGAGGAACUUCUUGUGGUCAGAAAGGUGCCAACAGGGAAGGAGAGCGAGCUCAGACCGGCGGACAGAUUUCCGGAUCAGGACUUCGGCUCCGAUUGGACUUGCAAUAUGAUCUACAGCUUUGUUUGCGAUAGGCGAUUUAGUCGUCGGCAAUUGAACCUACUGAAGGAGGUUGAGCGUAGAGGGCAUCCAUGGUUGCAGAGGCUCCUGAUAGUUUCCCGAGAGGACCAGGAUAGUUGGUACAGUCGGAUUGGAGCCCUACGUCGGUCGGCAACUUUGCACUGGCUGUCCGAGAAGAUGGUUCUAAAGGACCGGUAAGAUUCAAGGAGGAGGGAGGAGGGAGGAGGAAGAGCUUAAUGUUUGAAGGCUCACGGAAAAAUCUGCUAAACGGCAAGGCAACAGUGUGAGCAUGGUAACUUUAGUUGCCAACUUGGCAACAAGGUUAAUUUGCUUUCACAACAUAGUUGCAGAAUCACAGAGAGUUCCUUCAGAUUGCAUUUGAUAGGCCGUUUCCUAAAUCGUUGGGUCCCUUGAGCGCAC